UGUGUGUGUGUGAGGAUUUCAUGUUUUGUUUUUCUCCGUCGUCAUCGUCCGUCAAACUGUCUAAAAAAAAAUAAUCGCGAAGCAGCAGUGAAAUUUUAGAUAAUUUCCAUCUGAAAUCGUUCGAUAAAUAGUGAUGCAUACAUUUGCCGAAACAGGGGCCGGCGUUCCAGCGUUCCUGGCGAAGCUUUGGAGACUGGUGGAGGAUCCUGAAACGAACGAUUUGAUUUCCUGGAGCACGGAUGGAAGAAGUUUUAUCAUACAGAACCAGGCACAGUUUGCGAAGGAGUUACUACCACUUAAUUAUAAACAUAACAAUAUGGCCAGCUUCAUACGCCAGUUGAAUAUGUAUGGAUUCCACAAAAUAACAUCUAUAGACAAUGGCGGCUUAAGAUUUGACAAGGAUGAAAUGGAAUUUACUCAUCCUUGUUUCCAGAAGGAUCAUCCCUAUCUGUUGGAGCACAUCAAACGUAAAAUAGCAACUUCAAAACAACAGCAGCAGCAACAACAGCAACAGGACGAGAGAAGUGGUCUUAAGGUUGAGGCCAUGAACCGAGUUUUGACAGAGAUGAAACAAAUGCGAGGUCGACAAGAGUCUUUGGAUACACGCUUUUCUUCAAUGAAACAGGAAAAUGAAGCGUUGUGGAGAGAAAUUGCAAUUCUUAGGCAAAAACACUUGAAGCAGCAACAAAUCGUCAAUAAGUUGAUUCAAUUCUUAGUCACAAUUGUCCAACCUUCGCGUAGUGGCCUUGGCUCGAUGGGAAGUGGAAAUAACAAACGCCGAUUCCAACUCAUGAUCAACGACGCACCACCCUGUAAACUCAAGAAAAGUGAAGGAAGUGAAGGUGCUUCUAUUCAAGAGCUUGGUGAAGCACUCGAGGCGUAUGAAAAUGAACAGGAGUUACUAUCAUCCGAGAUACCGGAAGUAACAUCUCCAAUAUCUCUGAGGCAACAAUCGCCGUACCGACCUGAAAGCGUCAACGAAAUUGUUGACGACUCGCAAUAUAGCCCACAAUUCGGAACUGGGAAUAUCAAGCAGGAAGCAUUUGAUCUCACCUCUGGAAUGGCAGAUAUGUCUGAGCAGAUAGUUAGUGAUGUUGUUGAAGAUGGACAGGUCGUGGGAGAAUAUGACGAUGAAGGUUACCUGGUCGAUCAUGUUGACGAGAUCAACCCAAAUACUGUGCAACUACUGGACGACACAGAAAUGCUGAACACUCCAAUGGUUAUUAAAGAAAUGCAAAAACAAGAACAACUGAAACAGCAGCGACCUAUUCAACAAAAAGGAACCAGUAAAGGAGAAAGCUUGCUCAAGAGCAAAAACAACAUGGUUGCUUACAAAGACCAAAAGAGCCUUCUGAACAAUAAUAAAGCUACGUAUUCAGUAGCACCAAGCAGUAACACUGCUGUUAAGUCUGGCAAGCAAAUUAUCUCUCCUGGAAAACAAGUUCCUAUGAAAAGUGCUAUUAACAUGAAUGCUGGUCCGUCUGGGGCAAAUAAUUUCGGUUCCAAUUCAAAAGCCUCGUCUAUGGUUUAUGGGGUAGAAGAUUUCAACGUAAAUGAAGUUCCAACGGAUAUUUUUGAUGAUGAUAGCAACGUGCAAAGAGAGUCUCCUAUGCUUGGAGGUUUCAACUUCGAAAGUGGAUUUUAUAACCCAGAUGUUAAUAUUAAUGAAAUUAAGGGGAAACAAUUGUCGCAGCCAUCGCAAUCCCAAGACGUUCAAUCUAAUGUCUCGAAUCAGAUAACUGGUUUGGACGAGCACGAUGAAUCAUCAAAUCCUGGAGCGAUGGCCAAAUUCAGCAGCAACAAUGCUGAUCUGAACAGGCUUAACUCAUUGACUGAUUAUGGUCAACAUAUCGAUACCGUGCAAACAGAUUUAGAAUCUUUGAAAGAUUUACUAAAAGGAGAUAACUAUCAAUUUGAUGCAAACACCUUGCUUGGGGCGGCUGGUGGAAGCGGAUCACAUUAUGGAAGACUAUAUUUUUCACCAGCUUCGUUCGACACUGAUGCCUUGAAUAAGCUAUUUAACACAAAUGACGAUGUUAUGGGAAUGGAUUUUCCCAUGAACUUACCUGAUAUGACAGAGUCGUUGCGCAAGGCUGCCGCUGAUGGUACGAAUACAACCCAAGUUUCAAACGAUAAUACGACCAACGAUGUAGCUGGCCACGCUUCACCACAACCGACAGCUGGUUCAUCCAAUCAACUAAUGACGUAUAAAACGAGUUCUGGGAUCAACAAUGCUUGCGAUUAUAUUGAUCUGAACGAACUGUUAAAUUUGGAAAACAGUAAUGAGGGAGAGUCGACCUUGAAUUAGUAAGGCUUAGCUUUAAAGUUUGUUAUUUUGUUUUCUUUUAUCCCAUUAAUACUAUUGAUCUUUUAUGCAUUGCUUGUACAAAAAGAAAAAAAAAUCAAUGCUUUCCCCCCGCAAAAUCUGGACAACAAUGAUAUUAAUAGAAAAAAAUAUGUGGUACAGGUUAUCCAACAUUCAUAUUUUAUCGGUUUUAUAUAAAAUAUAUAACAAUAACUAAUUAACACAUUUUCAAACUAAAGUUAUAUUCGAUUAUUUUGGUUUCGAAGAACAAAAGUUUGAGUUCUACGAAUAAUUAACGGAUUCAGAAAGUAAAACUGGCUUCUAUGAAUUCAUGUUGUAUGUAAUUUGUAAGUGUAAUUAUUACAUUAAUUGUUCUGGACAACAAAAUACCCGUUGUUAUUAUUAAUUUAUCACGUAAAAAAAGUGACUGUAUUCCACACUUUAAAAACAAUUCAGGCUACAUAAAAAAUUAUAGACAAUAUACAAUCUAUGAAAAUAACAUCUUAAAGUUGUACCUGACUAACACGACAGCGAUGCAAAGAAUAAAGUUUUGAUUUAUAAGGGCCGAAACAAAUAUUAUUUUCUUUUUCUGUCUCCAUACCUCUCCAUUUUUCAUGACUUUAUUUUAUUUAUUGGAGGAGAAUUCAAAAUUUUAUUGGGAACAUAAUGAAAUAAUAAACUUUCCCAGAAAAUUCUUCAAGAAAACUGCUGCGUUUUGCAAUUUCAUCAAUUUAUUCAUUUAUUUUUAUUUUUUCACCCCUCGUUAUUCAAUAUUCAAUAUUCAGUGAUGAACUUAUAUAAAUUAUAAAAAAUAACGUUAAUUAAGAUUAAAAACAAAAAAAAAUCAAACACUAAAGGACAAAAUCAGGAAUUCAUAUUUGUUACGGCCUGACUUGGUUUUAUAGAUUUUUACUUUAGAGCGAAAUGCAUUUAUUUAAUUGCUGCUCUGAUAUUUCCUAUUCGAAUUGUGAAACACACACAUUUCAUUUGUUUAAACAGGUUCAAGAGAAAAUAUAUUACAGCCUUGGAAAUACACGAAUAUAUGUUUGCUAAGAA